GGGAGACCCAGCCCGUUUCUGGCGGGGGUUGCUCCAUGAGCUGACAGGCUCUCGGUUCCCUUGCAGAAGGCAUGGCGGAGGCGGCGGGCUCGAGCAGGGACUGCCUGCAGGCGGGCGAGUCCUGCACCAACGACCCGGUGUGCAGCGCCAAGUUCCGCACGCUGCGGCAGUGCAUCGCCGGCAACGGCGCCAACAAGCUGGGCCCCGGUGCCAAGAGCCAGUGCCGCAACACCGUGACGGCCCUGCUCUCCAGCCAGCUCUACGGCUGCAAGUGCAAGCGGGGCAUGAAGAAGGAGAAACACUGCUUGAGCGUCUACUGGAGCAUCCACCACACGCUGAUGGAAGGCAUGAAUGUCCUGGAGAGCUCCCCGUACGAGCCGUUCAUCAGGGGCUUUGAUUACGUGCGGCUGGCAUCCAUCACUGCAGGGUCUGAGAAUGAGGUGACACAGGUGAACCGGUGUCUGGACGCCGCCAAGGCCUGCAACGUGGAUGAGAUGUGCCAGCGGCUGCGGACGGAGUACGUCUCCUUCUGCAUCCGGCGCCUGGCCCGGGCCGACACCUGCAACCGCUCCAAGUGCCACAAGGCCCUGCGCAAGUUCUUCGACCGCGUGCCCCCGGAGUACACCCACGAGCUGCUCUUCUGCCCCUGCGAGGACACGGCCUGCGCCGAGCGCCGCCGGCAGACCAUCGUCCCGGCCUGCUCCUACGAGUCCAAGGACAAGCCCAACUGCCUGGCGCCUCUGGAUUCCUGCCGGGAAAACUACGUCUGCAGGUCGCGCUACGCAGAAUUCCAGUUCAACUGCCAGCCAUCGCCGCAGGCCGCGAGCGGCUGCCGCAGGGACAGCUACGCCGCCUGUCUGCUGGCCUACACCGGCAUCAUCGGCAGCCCCAUCACCCCCAACUACAUCGACAACUCAACAUCCAGCAUCGCUCCCUGGUGCACCUGCAACGCCAGCGGGAACCGGCAGGAAGAGUGUGAGAGCUUCCUGCACCUCUUCACCAACAACAUCUGUCUCCAAAACGCCAUUCAGGCAUUUGGCAACGGGACUCACCUGAACACAGCCGUGGCCCCGUCCAUCCCUCCCACCACACAGAUGUACAAGCAGGAGCGAAAUGCCAACAGAGCUGUGGCGACCCUCAGAGAGAACAGCUUGGAGCACCUCCAGCCCACCAAGGUGGCUGGAGAGGAGAGGCUCCUGCAUGGCUCCACUCGUUUGUCCUCAGGGACCUCCAGCCCAGCAGCCCCUUCCUGCUGGGUGGCCUCUCUGCUGCAGAUGUGGCUUCUCCUCGCUCCUGCUGUGCUGAGCCUCCCUGUGAUGUGAGGCAGGGCUGGCACACACCAGGCAGAGACUCGAUUUGUGUUGGUUUCUUUACUCAACAACCAGACCAGUAACUUUUUCAGGAGAGCAGGGAGAAGGGAGGGGAUGGGAAGGCAAGGUGAGUGUUUGGGCAUCCCUUCCUCCUCCUCAUCUGUCUGCCAGUUUAUUUGAUUUUAUAUGAUCAGCAUUGUUGACAACCAGCUCAUUCUUGGUCCUGGCCACCUUUCCACACACAGCCUGGUUGUUGUUUCUCCAGCUCUCUGUGGAUAGGGCUGGAGCCAUGGACAAUUCCCUUGGAAAAGAUGGAGAGAGUUGAUCCAAGAAAUGAGAGCUGCAAAGGAAAUGCUUUUUCCUGCCCCAGCCAAGAGGGGAAAGACUUUUGAUGGAAGGAUGAAUGGAUGACCUGUCAGGAGGUUUCCUAAAGCCCACAUUGAGGGGCUCUUGAGAGGACAUGUCAAGUGAUGUGGAGUUCAGACUGUCUCCAGGGUUGCCCAGGACCUGAAGGACAGCGCACCUGGUUCCUUCAGACUGAAGAAACCAGACGACUGGUGAGAAGGUUGGUAUUGUUCACUGGAGAGGAAUCUGAAGCACCUCUGCAGAGGACCAAGUAACCACACUCUGAACUGGCUGGCAGGGAUUAUCCAUCCUCCCAAAACCAUGGCCAAAGUGCAACCAGCAUCCGUGUCCCACCUGUCACCUGUCCCUCCUUUUUAGGGAAACCUGUGUCCUGUAUUGGUGGUAUUCAGGAAGAAACUCGUGUGUUGCAUUUUGUUUAUGGCUGAAUUUUUUGUGUCUCAACCCAAACAUCUCCAUGCACUGCUCCUGUACAGUGUUUGGGGCAUUUUUGUCACAUCCAAACAACCAGAGGCCAAUGUUGCCACACUCCAGGCUGCCCUUUCACCAUCAGGGGCCGAUGUGUGAGCCCAUGGGCAGGAUUUGAUGUCAGCCCAACAUAUCCCACUCUCACAUGCUACCUGUUCAUCCACUGGUUUCAUAGGCACAGGUCUCCAGCCAGGGGAUUUCAUUGGGAAAUUUUCCUGGGAAGAGAGAGGAUAGGAGAGGUUUGCUAGAUUCCACCCCAAGACAGAAACACCCAGCCAAGAAAGGCCAAUUAAUUACAUCAUGGUAGGGACCGGACUGCUACAGUUUCCCCUCUGUGAAGAACAGGCAGAGGCAACCCCCUGUGUCCAGGUGAGCAGGGGAAGGGCUUUGCCUCUUGCCAGGUUUUACUCUUGCAUUGAAGAUGUCAUUUAAGCAAAGGCUGCUGAAGUGACGCUUUCUCCUGAGCUGCAGCCAGAGCCCAAGGGAGGAAGGGUAGGAUGAAUGUCUCUCCAGUGUCUUGGGGCACAGGGAGGCAGGUGUGUGACCUUGGAUUACCUGAGCAUCCCAGGGCCUUUCCUCUAGGAGGUGAGCUGAGGAAUCCCAGUGCCCUUUUGGGGGGCUGAACCCUCUACUAGGUUAAGCCAGGAAAGAAGAUGGUAAGGAAGAGUGAGAAGGUUUCCCAGGAUAAAGGCUUACCAGGGUUGAGUGCCAUGGGAGGAAGAGCAAUAGCCCCAGAAUCCCCUUGAGUGUAUUUAGGCCUGGCCUUUGCAGCAAUCCAUUUAUUCCUUGGUUUGUGCUCCUCCAAUAAAUAUCAUGAAUCCCUUGGCAUUCGAAUGCAUGGAAAGGUGGAGGAAGCAUCUGACACAGCAAAGUCCAUUGCUUUUUAUUCCCAUUUCCUGCAAAUCCUCUCCCAUUGCUUAUUGCUUCAGAUUUUCUGAGAAACUGCAGCAACUUCCUUGGCUUUUGUUCCAACAAGAAACCACUCUGGUUUUCAGCUGAACACCUGUGGUUGUGUCUGACCUGAACAGAAAUCCUCCUGCUGCAUCCUGCCCAAAGUGCUGCUCCUUGAGGUCCUCCCCUCUUUUCCUACUCUGAGGCUGUGCAGAGGAACACACCGAGUUCCCAGGCUUGUGUGCAGGGUCACAGGUCACACCCUGAGCUGAAAGUUGUAUGUGAGAACUCCAUGGCCAAGGGGCUCACUCUGGUCAGGAAAGCAGACAAGGAGGGAGAGCUACAGGCAGGAAAGUCCUUUCAAAAUGACCCCAUACGUGCACAGAGUUGCUGUGAACAUCUCCCCUUUAUCCUGGACAUCAGUGUCUCCUGAGAGACCAAGUGACACAGCUCCAACCUGCAACCCUGCAGAGCUUGUGUUCAUGGAGCUGCAGGUGGGAGAGGGAUGAAACCCUGAUUGCUGAUCUCUUCAAAGGCAAGGAACUACCUCAACACCACGAGGUCAUGCUGGGAAUUGCAUUCCUCUGCCCUUUUCCUUAGUCCUGUAGUCAUUCUCUGCUUUGCCACACAUCUGGCCCCAUCAAAGCAGUCUCCAUCAGCUUUCAGCUGUGCACAGGCUGAGUGUCUGCAAAGGAUGGGGGCACAGGUGUCAGCUGCUUUCCAGGAGCACACACUCCUGUGUCUCUCGUGUGUCAGUGUCAGUGAUGUUGAAGUGCCACUUUUCCUUCUCAUUCAGCAGAGAAAGGUUUUUUCUGGGUGGUCAGGAUGCCUGGUGGCCCCAGCUCACCCCUCCCUUCAGACUGGUGUGCUGUAAAAAGAGGAGAAUCCUGCUCAAGGAGGGGAUGGGAUGGAGGAGACCUACAGAGGUAACCUAGUGCCAGCACCAUGUCCCCCAUCAGUACCUACUUUAAUUUCAGUGAGAAAUUAAAUUAAUUUACAAUUUCAGUGAGAGAUUUAUAUCAGAGAAUCGUGAAAUGGGUCAGGUGGGACCUUAAAGCACAACUCAUUCCAGGCCCCCUGCCAUGAGCAGGGACACCUUCCACAAGACCAGGUUUUCCCCAGCUCCAUCCAGCCUGGCACUGGGCACUUCCAAGGGUAUCUGGCUUUAAAGGCUCUGCAGAUUGUCGUUGUCUCUGUGCAUCACAGCCCAACAAGAUCCUCAGUUCCCAUGUUCUGCCCUCCAAGCCCUGUCUCAGGCCAGCUCCUGCCCUUCUGGGGGUUCCUCAGAGUUCACAGAUGCUCCAGAAUGAAGUGAAUGAGGCACAGAGCGAGGAGCCUCUCACCCAGCCGGAAAGAGUUGGGGGGUGGGAAUUACAAAAAAAAGUUUUCCCUAAACUUUCAUGGCUUUGUUCUGAUUAUUUCACUCAUUCCAUCAAUAUUUAAUGUUGAUUCUCUCUCCAAGCCUGUUCAUGAAUCAAACUUUGCAAAAAAGGAUGACUUUUGAUCCUUUCUUUUGGAGGAAGCAAACAUGAUUACUCUCCUUCCACCCACCAGCAUGUGCCCAGACCACUCCUUUUUCCUUGUGAAAAGUCACUAAUUUUUUUGGAUGAAAUUCCAUCUCUGCUGAAUUCUGUUAAGUGAACCAUGGAUCUUCAUUUUUAAGUCUCUUGAUUAACCACAGAAGUUGUAGCAGCUGCUUGUAAAGGCAAAAGACUGAGCGAGCCAAGAGACAGAAAGGGAGACAAUUUUUUUAGGAAUUACUCCAUUCCUGAGGACUUCCAUAAGCACAAAGAAGAAUCAUAGGAAAAAGAAAGGAAAAAAACCCCCACAAUUAAAGAACCAGCCAGACUUUCUGAAGCCACUGAACUCUAUUUUUUUUGGCUGCCCAGCACCACUCCCAGUGGCUGGCAGCCCUGAGAGCCUGUGAAAUAUUGUGUAUGUACUUAUUCUCGUCAUGUCAUCAUGUCCAGCAUAGUCCAGGCUGGAGCAGGAGCUGGGAGGGAGACCCAGGGCUGGGAGAUGGUGCUGGAGCAGGAGCCUCAUGUGUUCACCUGCUCGAGGGGAGGGUGGUGGGUGCCAGCCCAAACUGGGGUCAAACUUGUACUUACCUUUUCUGUACGUGUCAGUACUCAAACAUAUCCAUGAAUAAAGCACACACGCAUUUUCCUGA